UUCGAAGUGUCAAAUCAGAUGCCUUGGUCGUCUGUUAGAAAUAUUGUUUAUCGUUCUCGGUGUACUGUUUUCAGAACAGUAAAUUAAUACCGUGAUGUCUCGGCCGCUGAUUCCUGGUCAGCAAAAACUUGCUGAAAAAUUGCUUAUACUAAAUGACAGGGGUCUCGGGAUGCUGACGCGGAUAUAUAACAUUAAAAAGGCAUGUGGUGAUGCAAACUCAAAACCUGCAUUUUUGUCAGACAAAACAUUAGAAUCUUCCAUCAAACUUGUCAUCAAGAAAUUCCCAAACAUUGAUGUUAAAGGACUUCAAGCUUUGCUGCCACAUCGAAGUGAAGUGAUGAAAUCGCUUUCAUUAUACUACAACACUUUUGUAGAUCUUUUGGAUUUCAAAGAUAAAGUUGGAGAACUGCUUACAACCAUGGAUGCAUGCCAAGUUCACCUGGAUAUUGCUUUGAAUUUUGACCUUACCAAAGCUUAUUUGGAUCUUGUCUCAACUUAUACUUCUUUGAUGAUACUACUUUCUCGUGUUGAAGAUAGAAAAGCAGUACUGGGACUUUACAAUGCUGCACAUGAAUUGACUCAUAACCACAGUGAUGUGAGCUUCCCACGACUCGGUCAGAUGAUAAUGGAUUACGAUCCACCAUUGAAAAAACUAAGCGAAGAAUUUAUACCUCAUUCUAAGUUGCUGGUUUCAGCUCUUCUUUCCCUUCAGACUGUUUAUCUUAGGAGAAAUCUAACUGCUGAUAAAUGGAGGUCUGCCCAAAUGCUUAGUUUAACUUCAAACCAGAAUCAAAUGUUGAAUCCGGCACAAACAGAUACAAUGCCCUGUGAAUACCUAUCACUCGACUCAUUCGAACGGUGGAUCAUCUAUGGUUUUACUCUUUGUCAUCAGUUUCUGGCGCAACCGGUAGCCGUCAGUUUGUGGAUGAACGCGUUGCAAUCUGGUUGGGUUCUACCCCUAUUUCGCGAUGAAGUUAUUUGUUUUCACUCUUACAUUCAAGCUUUCUUCGAUGGCAUCAAAGGCUAUGGAAAACGUGUGACUGAAGUGAAGGAAUGCUUCAAUUUGGCAGUGCUAAACGCAGGAAAGAUUCACAUGGAUCGGCGUAUGUUCCUACGCACAGCUCUUCGGGAAUUAGAGCUUAUUCUUACCGAUCAGCCUGGUCUGCUUGGGCCCAAAGCUUUGUUCGUCUUUAUGGGACUCAGCUUUGCGCGUGACGAGGUAAAUUGGUUACUGCGCCACCACGACAAUCCUCCGCCAAGAAGUAAUAAGGGUAAAACCGCCGAAGAUUUGGUGGAUCGUCAUUUACCCGAGUUGCUUUUUUACAUGGAAGAAAUACGGGCUUUAGUUCGCAAAUACAGUCAAGUGUUACAACGUUAUUACGUCCAGUAUUUAUCGGGUUAUGACGGCGUUUCUCUAAAUCAACUAUUGCAACCAUUGCAAACGCUUUCUGAGGAAGAGAGUAUCAUUUUAUCAUCACUAUGUAACACCAUCGGUUCACUGAGCAUUAAACAAGUGGAGGACAAUGAACUGUUCGAUUUUCGUGGCCUCCGCCUGGAUUGGUGUCGCCUGCAAGCAUAUACCUCAGUUGCUAAAUCCCAGUUAGUCUUAAGCGACCACCGGGAUCUAGCAACGUUGCUUAACACAAUAGCAUUCCACACCAAAAUGGUUGACGCGCUUGAUGAUAUGCUGACAGAUACCUCCGAUCUUUCUAUAUUUUGUUUCUAUAACAAAUUGUUUGAAGACCACUUCCACAUGUGCUUGGAGUUCCCAGCACAAAACCGCUACAUAAUUGUAUUUCCCCUGAUUUGCGGUCAUUUUCAAAAUUGUACGCAUGAAUUGUGUCCGGAAGAGAGGCAUCAUAUCCGGGAGCGAAGCCUGUCUGUAGUCAACGUCUAUCUUGAAGAAAUGGCGAAAGAGGCAAAAAAUAUAAUCACUACCAUUUGCGACGAACAGUGCAACCUAAGCGACAGGCUUCUACCGAAACACUGCGCCCCUCUAAUAGCCCAAGUAGUCAAUAAGAAGAAGCGUGAAAAGUUCAGGAAACCUGAAACAGAUAAACCGGGCAUGGAGAGUUACCGAAAAACGCGAGAAGAUCUCACCACAAUGGAUAAAUUGCACAUGGCAUUGACGGAGCUCUGCUACGCUAUUAAUUACUGCCCAACCAUCACCGUAUGGGAUUAUGCGUUUGCUCCCAGGGAGUACCUCUACCAGCAUCUGGAAUCCCGAUUUGCUCGCGCCGUCGUAGGGAUGGUUAUGUACAAUCCUGAAACGGGCGAUAUCGCUAAACCCACAGAGCUCUUGGCUAGCGUAAAGGCUUAUAUGAACGUCCUUCAAACAGUGGAAAACUAUGUUCACAUCGAUGUGACCCGAGUUUUCAACAGCGUCUUGCUUCAGCAGACCCAAUCUGUGGAUAGUAAUGGCGAAAAAACUAUCGCAUCCCUAUAUGUUACUUGGUAUUCUGAAGUGUUGCUGCGUCGAGUAAGUGCAGGGCACAUAUGCUUUUCGCCUCUUCAACAGGCUUUUGUCAGUCUUACAGCUGAGGGCGCGAUGCCUUUUAAUGCUGAAGAGUUUUCCGACGUCAACGAAUUACGGGCUCUUGCUGAGCUGAUUGGUCCGUAUGGAAUGAAAUUGCUGAAUGAGACACUUAUGUGGCAUACAGCGAGUCAAGUGCAAGAGCUUAAAAAACUCGUGCUGAUGAACAAAGAUGUUCUAUUGGCUCUCCGUACAAAUUUCGACAGGCCAGAACACAUGAAAGAAUGGGCAAAGCGUCUACAACAGGUUGACAAUCUUCUGCAGCGCAUGACCAUCGUCGGAGUGAUUCUGUGUUUUCGCCAACUUGGACAGGAAGCACUGAAUGAUGUAUUGAAUCAACGCGUUCCUUUCUUAUUGUCAUCUAUUAUAGAUUUCAAAGAACAUUUCCCCGCAGACGAAGGUGAUGCAACGGUGGUGAAUGAAAUGGCUUCCGCAGCCGGAUUGAGUUGCGUAGUCGACCCAGUCUUAGUAACAGCCCUUAAAGUACAACGAACUGAAACAAACGAAGACGAACAUUUAGUGGCAUGCUUAUUGCUUGUAUUUAUCGCAGUGGCUUUGCCACGCCUGGCAAGAUCAGAAUCUUCAAUGUAUCGAGCUUACUUGGAAGGCCACGCGAACAACGCUCACUGUCUUGCCGCAGCGGUCAACACGGUUUUGUGCGCUUUAUUCGCUUUGUCGGGUAGAAGGGACACAGAAGAAAGAUUGAAAGAAUUCUUAGCUUUGGCUUCGUCAAGUCUCCUGCGCCUGGGACAGGAAAUUGAUAAAGAAGCAAUCAAGAACCGGGAAUCAAUCUAUUUACUGUUAGAUUUGAUCGUGCAAGAUUCUCCUUAUUUGACGAUGGAUCUCUUGGAAUCGUGUUUUCCAUAUGCCCUGCUGCGUAAGGCCAAUCAAGCGGUCUUCCGCUCAGAUAAUGUCACUUCCUAAAAUUACCUUUUACCGGUACGGUAACAAAAAAAUCCGACAAAGCAGAAAUCAGAUGGGUAGUACUCCGCAUUUUAUCUUCAAAUAUUUACACGAAUCAGCUUACUAAAUUCAGUAUUCUUUUUUUUUCUUACUCCGUUAUCAUCUCAUUAUCAGAAUGUAUGCCUUGACGACCAAUAAAUUCAUAUAGAGCUGUAA